AAUUUCUAUAAUAAGAAAAUCAUCAUCUUCCUUACCUCAUAUUUUUUAUAAGUUCAUUAAGCUGCAAAUCAAUGAACUUCUAAAGAUAAUCGUCGCCGUCACCAAACCUUCGCGGUCAAUUAUAAUCCCAUCAAAUUCCAGAACCCGAUCAACUCCACUUGCUUCUACCCGGCCGUCCAAAACAAUGGAGGAAGACGGCGAAGGACGCAAAGAGGGAGAAGGAGAAGGAGAGGAGGAGUUGAACCCUAAGAUCACGGCUAAGCCAUCUAUUUCGCCCCCCGACGUUGAUUUGCCUCAUCUCGUGGCAACCAGCCCUUCAAGAGAGGCUUUUGAUCCUCAACAAAAACUUUCGCCCGGUCCCUUUCUCCCCGGGGAAAACCCUAGAUUUUUCGGAGCACGAGCAGCUCUUCCAAGCGCUUGGUCUCUGGGACUUCGCCCACCUACAGCUCGGUGAAGAGGUUCGCCCGGACCUCCUUGCCGAUCUGAUCGCAUACUAUGAUUCCUCCAGCCAUCGCAGCUACGUGCAGGGCACUCGGAUCUCUGUAAGUCGCGUCGAUCUUGCGCGGGCCAUCGGCCUAGCAACUAAGAAGGAGAAAACUGAUGCUUUCCUGGAAAAAGAUUGGAUGCAAGAACUAGUUUCUGCAAAAGGGGCUAACACAGCCCUCUUGGAUUUCAUGUUUAAUUACAUGCUUUUUGAGGAAUUGUUAAUACUGCCUUCGGAGGUCGUUCAGGCGAUUGAUUUUGUGAAAGAAGGGGUUCCGUAUAAGGUGGAUUGGGCAGCAGUUAUGUGGGUUUUGGUUGAGAAGGAACUAAAAGAAGGCCUCAAGUCCGGGACUUUUUGCUAUGCCUCUCAUCUGCAGCGUUUGAUUGAGCACCAACGUCCUCAGCUUUUUUCAAAGGAACCAGACCCUGUGUUUCUUGCGCCUGAGCCCGAGGAAGAGGAGGUUUCAGUACCGGAUGAGGCAGUUAAUGUGGCAGAGGAUGAGGCUGAUGCUGCAGAAGAGGUCCAUUUGACAGAAGAAGACGGUGAUGCUGAUAUCAGAAAGACGAGGAGUUUGCAGGACUUGGUGGACGUCUCUUCUGAGAGGCAUGACUCUGAGUUAUGUUUGAUACUGGGUGAUAAUGUGAUGGAUGAUUUUGAUGAUUGCAAGGUAAAUGUAGAAAGCGAGUGGCUUCAAGAGGGGAAAAAUGAGGGUUUUGAGCAAUGUCUGAGGCGUUGCAAUUCGAAAGCUUCUGACAGCAUGGAUUUCGAGAAUUUGGCUAAGAUGGAUGAAGACGAAAAUGUGGAAGAGAGGUUUGCAAAUGGCGUUCUAGUUAAGUUUUCUAAUUUUGAGAGGCUGAAUCCAUCCGACCUCUUGCAGGAAAUGAACAAUGUGAGCAUUCCUUAUGCUGCACAGGUGAACUCCUUCAAUCCAUCUUCAGGAGUGCUAUUGUCCAUGCGUACUGAGUCUCACAAGAACGAUAUUCUGGACCGUGGUUCGAGUGGUUCUAUCUAUUUUGGCUAUAAUGGAAAGAGGCAUCUUGAUGAGAUUGGGGAUGAGGAAAGAGACCAUUUUGAACAAAAAUGCCAUCAAAAUAGGAUGCGGACAUGUGAACCUUGGGCAAACCUGUCAUUCUCUUUUGAUGACUGCAUGAAUCAGGUUCAAGGUGGUGUUAAGAGAGCAAAGAUACUGUAUUCCGAGAAAGAACAAGAAGUUGCCAAGAUGGAAGAGCAGUUGCAGUAUCUGAAUCAUUUGGUUCAUGAUAAGGAGCUGACGAUUCAUUCAUUAAAAAUGAUGUUGGAAGGGCAGCAAAAUUGGCAGAUGGCUGUUCGCCAUUACGAGCAUGAACUAUGCUUAGUGACCCAAAUGAUGCUUGGUUAUAAAAGAGCUUUAAAAGAAAGUCGUGGUAGAUUUGCUGACUAUAGAAAGCAGCACCCACGUGAUGAUGAAUCUCUUUACAAGGACCUUCCUGGGACAGGUGGUUUGGUUGUUAGUGCGAGGGAGUUUGAAAAGAAUCGAUUAGUGAAAGAGGAAGAGAAGCGCGAGGAAUUGCUAAAAACUUUUGGUAAUCUUGAACAAAUCUUAAAUAAACUUGAGAAAUGUGAAGAUGGUAUCAUGACACAUGAUAGUAAGCUCAGGAAUUUGGUUGGAGAAAUGGAGCAACUGAAAGCUUGUUUGGUAAAACCUAGUUGCUUAGAUGCGUAACAUUGUAUUUCAGAGAAUAUACUUUGUUUCUGACUGGCAACUCAUGGAACGUGAAGGCUGCGUCAUUAUGGGUGAUGGGAAACUUAUGGAGAUUGUUGAUGUGAUAACUGAAAAGAUAGGAAAAAAAAGUUUGGGAAAAGAAUUGGUUGAGCUUCAAAUGCAUGAGUGCCUGAGUGGGGACCUGAAUUCUUCAAUGAAUUGCUUGUUGUCAUGAAUGAAGAUGGAUCACCUCCAUCAUGUAAUAAUGUCAUUUAUAAAAUUCAUGAUGGGUGAGGGAUGGGUAUAGAAAUUCUUUGUAGAGUACUUUUUUUUCUCUCAAUAUAUCAGCACACACAUCCAACCCA